AUUCAAUACAACUACAUAAUUAGAUGUUAUUUUUUCAUAUAAUGAGCAAAAAAGUCAUUAUCUUUUUUCUUGUGUCACUAGGUUUUAGAACUUUUGGCUUUUCUCUUUCUCUGCCUCCAGCUGCUACCACUCACCAGUUGUCUAUACCAAAAACAAGCUAAUGGGCGACAAGAAGAAGGCUGGCGCUCUAUUCGUGAGGCUUGUUUCAGCUGCUGGAACUGGAUUUUUCUAUGUGAAGAAGAAGACUAAAAAGUUUCAAACGACUCAGACGAAGCUUGAAUUUAGAAAGUUUGAUCCUCGUGCGAAUCGUCAUGUUCUAUUCAAGGAAGAAAAGAUGAAGUGAUCCAAAAGCCAAAUCCUCUUGAACUACUAGAUAUGUUGAAUUAGACAAUAGAACCUUUUUGCCCACUUGUGCUACAACAAUAAAUGUUGGUUUGUUUAGAUCUAUGCAUGCAAUUCUCUGUAUUUGUUCGUGAUCAUGUGGAAUGAAGUGUAGUUUGCUCAUGAA